AUGUCAUCUCCGUCUAAAUCUCCUGUCGGUGCCCCUUCCAAUGGUUCUCCAGUAUCUCCUCAGUUUUCAAAGACCCUUAAUUUACCAGAUUCUCGACGAACUAGAGAUCGCUCUCCAUCUCCAAUGAGAGGCCACCUUAUUCCCAGCCCACUUCCAACUAGACGUACAAGAACAUUUUCUGCCACGGCAAGAGCAUCUGAAGGACCAGUCUACAAAGGUGUUUGCAAAAAUUUCUCCCGCUCUAAGGGACACGGUUUUAUUAUACCUGAAGAUGGAGGGCCUGAUGUAUUUUUACAUAUCUCUGAUAUUGAAGGAGAAUAUGUCCCUGUAGAAGGAGAUGAAGUGACGUACAAGAUUUGCACCAUUCCACCCAAAAAUGAGAAACAUCAAGCUGUAGAAGUUGUAAUCACCCAUUUAGUUCCAGGAACAAAGCAUGAGACGUGGUCUGGACAUAUCAUUGAUUCCUAA